ACCGUUGCAGAGAUUGUCGAAAACGUGCGGAACGGCCAGAAGCCGCCGUUCCGUCCGGCCACGGAGGAGGACGUGGCCGAUGAGGAGGUGCUGCAGAUGAUGCGCCGCUGCUGGUCCGAGGACCCCGUGGACCGGCCCGACUUCCAGGCGCUCAAGGGCAUCAUCCGCCGGCUGAACAAGGACAAUGAGAGCGGUAAUAUACUGGACAAUCUCCUGUCCCGGAUGGAGCAGUACGCCAACAACCUCGAGGCUCUCGUCGAAGAACGAACGGCCGACUACUUAGAUGAAAAGCGCAAAUGUGAAGAACUCCUGUACCAGCUCCUUCCGAAGUCGGUGGCCAGUCAGCUGAUUGCCGGCAAGUCAGUGGUGGCUGAGCACUACGACAGCGUGACCAUCUACUUCAGCGACAUCGUCGGCUUCACCGCCAUCUCAGCCGAGUCCACGCCCAUGCAGGUGGUGGAUCUCCUCAACGAUCUGUACACUUGCUUCGACUCGAUCAUAGAGAGCUUUGACGUCUACAAGGUGGAGACUAUCGGCGACGCAUACAUGGUGGUCUCCGGCCUGCCGAUGCGGAACGGCGCCAAGCACGCUGGAGAGAUAGCCGGCAUGUCGCUGAAGUUGCUGGAGGCGGUUCAGAGCUUCCAGAUCCGCCACCGGCCCGGGCAGCAGCUCAAGCUGCGUAUCGGCUUGCACACGGGCCCGGUGGUGGCCGGCGUGGUCGGCCUGAAGAUGCCCCGCUACUGUCUCUUCGGCGACACCGUCAACACCUCCUCUCGGAUGGAGUCCAACGGACUGCCGCUGCGGAUACACGUGAGCUCCACUACGAAGGAGGUAUUGGACACGCUGGGUGCUUUCCAGCUGGACCUGAGGGGGGAGGUGGAGAUGAAGGGCAAGGGCAAGAUGGUGACCUACUGGCUGCGGCACAAAAAGACCGAUCUGAUAGACAUUGAGGGGGUCGACCUGCGCGAGACUAAGGUGUGAUGGCGUGUGGCGGCGGGCCGGCGGCGGGCCGCGCGGCCGGUGGCUCUCCUCCGUCUGCGGUCGGCGUGCGGCGCUACGGUCUCGCUGCGGCGUCAUCGGCAGCGUCCCGGCGUGGUGGCGUUAACCGUCGCCUGGCGGCUCGGCUGCCCUCACUCGACUGACGCCGCCGCCGCCCCGGCUUUAGGCGAGGGUCCUGUCGCCCCAGUGACACGCGGCAGCAAAGCCCACCCGUUUCCUGGCGGCCCUGGCCGCUCUGAGACGUCUGGCCUUGCUACUCAUUGACUCCAUUUCGAGUGCGUUUCUUUCAUGUUGUUGACUGUUGAAUAUCGUGACUUGUUUGCGUGUUUGGCGCGGUGUUUUGUGUGUGUCCGCCGCUGUGGACGAGCCGAAGAGGCGACCGUCCGGUGGCUGGUGUGCACGCGGUGAGUGUUGGCUGUUGAUUCACCCAUCCAGCUCGCGCGCGCGCGGAGCAGCCGGCCGGCCCGCGUUGGUCGGCAGCGGCGCCAUGUCCCGCUCGCGCAGUGUUCCGCUGCCAUCGGGGCGGGCCAUCCGAUGACGCUUGGCCGCGUCCUUGUCACGAGCUUCUGACCCAUUCAUCUGUCCAGGGUCGUCUUCCCGACGGGAUCCUGGUCAGCCCCGGGUCUCCGGCCUGGCAGUAACGUCACACCGAGCCCCGGGUCCUCAGUGUGACUCUGGCGCCACACCAAGCCCCGGGUCCUCAGUGUGACCCCGGUGUCAUUCCGAGCGCCGGGCCCUCAGUGUGACUCCUGCUUCACACCGAGCCCCGUGUCCUCGGUGUGACCCCGGUGUCACACCGAGCCCCGGGUCCGCAGUGUGACUCUGGCGUCACACGGAGCCCCGGGUCCUCGGUGUGACUCUGGCGUCAUACCGAGCCCCGGGUCCGCAGUAUGACUCUGGCGUCAUACUGAGCCCCGGGUCGGCAGUAUAACUCCGGCGUCAUACCGAGCCCGGAUUCGCAGUAUGACUUUGACGUCAUACCGAGCCCGGAUCCGCAGUAUGACUCUGGCGUCACACCGAGCCCGGAUUCGCAGUAUAACUCUGGCGUCAUACCGAGCCCGGAUCUGCAGUGUGACUCUGGCGUCAUACCGACCCCGGAUCUGCAGUGUGACUCUGGCGUUAUACCGAGCCUGGGUCCCCGGUGGGCUGCGGACGUCAUACUGGUCCGGGGCAGUGCGCCAAGCCCGUCCACGCGGAGGGUCGCCGCGGCGC